AUGCUGGUGACUGGUUCGAAUCUCGAAGAGUCUCUUGCAGCGAUAGAAUUAUGUCAGAAGUUUAGCAAGGGUGAAGCAGACAGUAGGAACAAUCCAUUAUACUCCACAGUGGGUGUCCAUCCAUGCCAUGCCACGGAGAUAGAUGACAUAGAAAAGCAUAAAAUGAAACCAGAAGAGUAUAUUCAGAAGCUUGAAGAGCUUGCUGUUGAUGGCAAAAAUAGAGGUAUUGUUAAGGCAUUUGGCGAAAUAGGACUUGAUUAUGACCGACUGCACUAUGCCCCAGCCGAUGUUCAGCGAAAAUACUUCAAACAGCAGCUCGAUGUUGCAACAAAAGUGAACUUACCAUUAUUCCUGCACUCUCGUGCUUGUAAAGACGACUUCCAUUCUAUUUUAUCUCCUUAUAUUGAGGCUGGAAAACUUCCUAAGGGAGGUGUGGUGCAUUCAUUCACAGGCACCUUGGACGAGGUCCAAGACUUGCUGUCGUUGGGUCUGUAUAUUGGUAUAAACGGUUGCUCAUUGAAAACAGAAGAGAAUUUGAAAGUGGUAGAGGCAAUUCCACUUAAUCGGAUCAUGCUCGAGACCGACGGUCCAUGGUGUGAGAUAAGACCAUCGCAUGCCUCGUACAAGAAAUACCUUGCAGCGAGUGCCCCAGUGGCAGCUCAACUACUCCCUUACGACGCUGUUAAGAAAGAAAAAUUUACGCCAGGAGCCAUGGUCCGGGGCCGUUGUGAACCCUGUUCUAUCUCUCUGGUGGCCCAGGUUGUCGCUGGCAUCAAAGGCAUCACUCUCGAAGAGCUCACUGAUGCUAUCUGGGAAAACACCCAUGCGCUCUUCGAUAUCUGA